AGCUAUAACAAAAUCGAGUGGCGGCCGAGAUUGAGGCAUGUUGGAGAGUGAGAGGACGCCGCUGGGAGAAGGGACAAGUAGAGGAAUGCCGAGGGCUAAUCAAAUAUUCCGCAAGGCUCGUAAAGCCCUUCAUGAUCUCGACCUCCUCAAGAUUUUGCAAUCGGAGAUAAACCACGAGCUUUCUUCCACUUCAUUUCAGAACCAUGAACAAAAGGGCAGUUCCAGCGAUUUCGCUGUGGAACAUGAUUCGCUCAAAUCCCGAGACGUGGUGUUGCGGCGAAAAUUGGAAUCGGGUGAGGAGAUCGCAAUUUCUGCCCUAUCGGGUCCUCUCAUUUUUGGACGAGAAGGGGCUUUUUCGAGGGAGAUUUUGAUGAAGAUUUGUGUGAGUAAGCCUGGAGUUAACUCCCUCUUGCAGUUUGAUUGUGGGGUUUCAGAGGAUGGUCAUGGUGGAUCUCCUUUCAAAAUCUACAAUGCCUAUUAUCUUCAAUCAUCUGCUUGUUUGGGCCCUUCUGUUUACAGAGGCCCUUUGUUCAGCUCGUUAGAUCCCGAGUUACAAAAAGCACUCAAGGGAUUCCUAAUCAGUAGAGGUGUUGAAGAAAGCCUGACCGACUUCCUUCUCAUUCACCUGCAUAAAAAGGAGCAAGGUCAGUAUUUGAAUUGGUUGCAAAAUGUCGAAUCUUUGAUCGCAAAAAGACAACAAAACGAACUUUAACAACUUCACUUGGUAGCAUAGAUACCUGAUUUUCAUAUGGGAAGAGAAUGCCUGAUUAUAAGCGCAGGCUUUGAUCAUUUAGAUUGAUUGCUAAAUGAGAUAUUUCUUUCAUUCUGCUUGCAUUUUGUGUUUCUGCAAGUGAAUCCUGUUUCUUGCACUUGGAACAUUCUUGACAGAUUUGUUUGUCAGAACAAACAUGUGGUACUCGUUUAGUUAUGAGCCAAGGGUUCUAUAUCGAUGUCUCAAAUGAUUAUUGGAACUCAUUGAGCUAUGACAACAAUCUUAUGUAGCUCAUAAUGCAGGUUUAUUGAAUUUUGUAGCCUAUAAUGAGUUGUUUUUGUUUCAAAAGAAGUUUAUGCUCUUAUGGUAAUAAGAGAAAAAGAAUUGAU